AUCUAUAUAAUAAAAUCUACGAAUCUAUUGACCAUUGAGAUUUAUUAGACUAAUCUGAUGCAAGUUUUAGAUCUAGACUAGAAUCUAGAUCUACAUUAUUGUCAUUAUUAUAGAUUUUGAUCUAUAUUGUCCAAUCCAAUUAGAUAUAGAUCUAUUAGACAUCUAAUCGAGAGAUACAGAUCUAGUCUAGCUCCAAAAUUAGAAUAUUAUAUAUUAUAAUUAAUAGUCUAGACUUAUUUCAAAAUGUUACGAACUGUGACAAGUAGACGUGCAGCGAAUCUGUUAAAAGCCACACUUGAGCAUGCACAACAAAGUGUUCGUCAGAGGUCUCGACUUCCAAUCAAUACAGUCAUACUGUUUGUACCACAACAAGAAGCUUGGGUUAUUGAAAGAUUUGGAAAAUUUAAUCAGAUACUUCAGCCAGGCUUAAAUUUCAUCCUUCCCAUCAUUGAUGGCAUUAAAUAUGUACAAAGUUUGAAAGAAAUCGCAAUAGAUGUACCACACCAAGCUGCUAUUACUCUUGACAACGUAACUCUAACAAUGGAUGCUGUCCUGUAUUUAAAGGUUGUCGACCCAUAUAAGGCAUCAUAUGGAGUUGAAGAUCCUGAAUAUGCAAUAACUCAGCUAGCACAAACAACAAUGAGAUCAGAGAUAGGAAAAAUAGCUUUAGAUACAGUGUUUAGAGAGAGAGAGUCUCUUAACAUUGCCAUCGUAGAUGCUAUCAAUCAUGCGUCUAAUGCUUGGGGCAUCAAAUGCAUGAGAUAUGAAAUACGUGAUAUGAAAUUGCCAACUAAAGUUCAGGAAGCUAUGCAGACACAAGUUGAAGCUGAAAGAAAAAAGAGGGCUGCUAUUUUAGAAUCUGAAGGUAUUAGAGAAGCAGAAAUUAAUGUUGCUGAAGGCAAGAAAAAAUCUAGAAUAUUAAAUUCUGAAGCUCAUAGAGCUGAGCAGAUUAAUCAAGCAGAAGGUGAGGCAGAAGCAAUUUUGGCUAAAGCAAGAGCGAGAGCUGCCUCCAUAGAAUUAAUUUCAGAUGCCUUAGCUAAAGAAAAUGGUCUUAAUGCAGUGUCCAUGAACAUUGCUGAGCAGUAUGUCAAGGCAUUUAGCAAUCUUGCUAAAGAAAGCAACACAGUGGUUUUACCCGUAAAUACCAAUGAUGUUUCAGGAAUGGUAACGCAGGCUCUGACUAUGUACAAGGCAUUAUCAAAGGAAAACAGUCAACAGUUGCAAGUGAAAGAGAUAAAAGAUCAAAACUCUUAAAUUUUUGUUAAGCAAGAUUAUUUGUUUUUUGUCUGUACAUGCUGAUGCCAUAUGAAUGAUAAUGUAGGUUUGAUCAGUUUUCACAGUUGUAUAUAGUACUUGAUGUCAUGAUCUUUGCAAUUGUACAAUUUAGAGAAAAUUUUAUGUCUGAGACAUGAAGCAGACAAUGUUUUAAUUGAUGACACCUUCCUGUUGAUUCAAAUCUUAUUGAUUGUAUGUGAAUGUUAGAAAUAAAUGGUUCAUAUUUUGA